AAACUGUGGGCGGUCGGGAGCCGCAUUCGCUCUCAAAGCAUGCUCGGCGCGAAUCGUUGAAACGACCAGCCGAGCUUUCUUCGCCGUCAUAUGUUAUGAAACCAACAUUCGGAAUCUCGCACACGCCAAAGAAUACGGCAAACAAUUACGCAAAAAGAAACGUAAAUAUAAAUAAAUAAGGGAAGUAAAAUCCAAGGAAGGAGACCUUCCUUCUCUCCUCCGAUCUCCUUCUCUCGACGUCAAGAACUCGCCGGCGAUCUCGGGGGCGGCGGCGGCGGCCAUGACGAGGGGCGCGCGGCACAAUCGGGUGCUCUCUGGCCGGAGAUCCUCACCGUACACGCUGAUCCUGGCGGCGCUCCUGAUGCUGUCGGUGGUCCUUUUGAUGCUUCUCGCCCUCGGAAUCUUCUCCCUCCCCGUCAACUCCAACGACGCCCCAAAAUCCAAGGCCGACCGCGUCUCCCAUAUAUCCGUCCGCGAAACAAAUGGAAUGGGGCAGAGAGGGGAGCAGUGGACGGAGGUGCUCUCCUGGGAGCCCAGGGCUUUCAUCUACCAUAAUUUCUUGUCCAAAGAGGAAUGCGAAUACCUAAUUGAACUAGCAAAGCCUCACAUGGAGAAGUCCACAGUUGUUGAUAGUGCUACUGGUCGGAGUAAAGAUAGCAGGGUUCGGACAAGCUCUGGCAUGUUUCUUGGAAGAGGACAAGACAAAAUCAUCCGAACCAUUGAGAAAAGGAUAGCAGAUUUUACCUUCAUACCUGUAGAGCAUGGUGAGGGUCUUCAGAUUCUCCAUUAUGAAGUUGGACAAAAAUAUGAACCUCACUUUGAUUACUUUCUUGAUGAAUUCAAUAUUAAGAAUGGGGGUCAGCGAAUAGCUACGCUUCUCAUGUACCUUUCGGACGUUGAGGAAGGUGGUGAGACAGUGUUCCCUGCUGCCAGAGUAAACAGCAGUUCUUUACCAUGGUAUAAUGAGCUAUCAGAGUGUGGGAAGAAAGGCCUUUCUGUUAAACCUAAAAUGGGAGAUGCAUUACUCUUCUGGAGCAUGAGGCCUGAUGCCACUCUUGAUCCAUCAAGCUUGCAUGGUGGGUGCCCUGUACUUAAAGGGAAUAAGUGGUCAUCUACAAAAUGGAUUCACAUCCAUGAGUAUAAAGUUUAGCUUAACAAACUAAGGUUAACUGAUCAGCUCAAUCAUGUGGAUAUCGUAGUGUAUCUUUCAACAAAUGCUUGCAUCCAAGACAGGCCCCAGAUGCACAAUGUGUUCUUUUUCAUUUGGAUGCCUUUCUUUUUGUAAGCUAGAUUUAGAUCUUACCAGGUUUAAGUCAGAGAAUGUAUUUUGUUCUUCCGAAGUAAAACCAUGCUUUUGUGGUGUAUGGAUAAUGCUUCAUAGUACACAAAUUAGUUGCACUCAUCAAUAUAUCACUGUUAAAUAAAUAAAGUGAUCGGUAGUGAAAGAGCAACAGGUGAAAUUUAGUAGAACCUUUUUCUUUUUUCAA